AUGAGCGGUACAAUUCCAAUCACUCUGCGCCAGCUGGCUGGCGAAUCGAAUCGGCUCAUAGACACCAUCAACGAACUCUGCCGGCAUGGUCUGGAUUGCCAUGUCGACCCACCACAGAUCGUUGUUGUUGGUGACCAGUACUCAGGAAAGAGUUCUGUUCUGAGCGCCAUUUCUGGAAUUCCGUUCCCAGUGCGAGGCACCACAGGUCAACGAUUUACCGUUGAGACGGCGUUCACAACAAGCAACAUAUCAGCCAUUCGAGCUCACGUCCACCGCGUUGAUGGCAAGACUGUCAUGAUCUGCAGAGAUGAUGCCAACGCAGAUUUUGAGAACGGCUUGUUGACCCGAAUCAUUGAUGAGGCUGGCCUCAAGAUGCGGGAUGUCGAUGGGUUUUCUGAAGACAUCUUGAAGAUUGAAAUCAGCCGGCCUGACGUUCCGUCCCUGACGCUGGUCGAGCUACCUGGUCUCUCUCAGUCGGACCAUACAAAGAGUCCGAUCGAAAAGCAAGUCAGGAUGCAUCGCCUGAUCGAGAAGUACAUGGGCCGGGCUUCGAGUAUUGUUCUGGCCGUUGUUGCCGCCAACAGCAACAUCACCAACCUGUCAGUGCUACACAGACAGGUAUUCCAGUACGUGAAGGGCGGCUGCCGCGCCCUCGGUGUCAUUACGAAACCCGACCUCCUCACUCGAGGCAAUCCUGGCGAGGCCAUGGUGCAACUUGCGCACAAUGAGACCCCUUUCUACAAGCUCGAGCUGGGAUGGCAUGUACUUCGGAUGCGAACCCAGGUUGAGAAGGACGACACGGAUGUUGGGAAAGAUUGCAUAGAACGACACCUGUCCCUCCAGGCGCCGUGGAGCACAUUCCGGCACGCAGAUCGAGGUGCGGAGCAGCUACGAGUAAAGCUCAGCGACAUUUUCCAGCGACAUCUGCAGAAGAGCCUGCCAGGCAUUGCGGAUGCGGUUCAAAUAAAGCUCAGUCAGCUCCAACAGAGUCUACGAUGUCUCGGCCAGCCCCGAACUGGACUCCCAGAGAUGCGAACUUUCCUCACUAAGAUUGCGUCCCAAUACCAGUUGAUAUGCUCUCAAGCUCUUGACGCCCGUUACGAUGACCCCUUCUUUGGCAACCUAUACCCGCCAUACUCAGAAGAAGAGCGUGUCAGAAAAUUCGGAUCUCUCGUCCUUGACCUCAAUCGUACUUUCACCUAUGUCAUGAGAACGAAAGGUUCACGGCGUCGCAUUCUCCAUACCAGUAGCGGGGGCCCUGAUCCUGUGCCCAGACUCGAUGCAAAGAAUGCGAAACAAGGAGUUGGCUUUGAAGAAUCUCUCGAGAGCGACAACGAGGAAAUAGGUUGUGACAUGCCUUUCUCCUUUUACGUGUCGAAGGAGAUUAGACGUCUCGCACGUGCAUACAAAUUCAAAGUACCCGAGGAUAUUUGCGCCAAAGAUCUGGUCAAGGAACUCGACCACAUCGAAUCGCAGAUCAGGAGCCACGAUCUUCCCUCAAACACAAAUGAGAAAUCAAGUCUUAUCCUGUUCCGCGACCAAAUCUCGCCCUGGAAGCAUAUUGCGCAUUUCCACGUCAAGCAUGUCAUGGAUUUCGCCAAGUCAUUCGUCGAACAGCUCAUGUCUCAUCUGUUCGCAUCCAAUGACAACGCUGCGUACUAUGCCCUGGUCCAGAAUAUCGUCGAGCCUUUUUUUGAGGCGAGAACAGCAAUAUUAGGCGCCAAGGUGGAUGAAUUGCUUUCCCACUACCAGCAUGGCCGUCCGCAGCCGUUUGCUGAAGAAUUCUUUGCAUGCUUCAAGGCCAUGAGGCCGUUCUCCAAGUACUGUUAUGUCAGCUCGGAGUUGUUUAAUCUGAGAUUCAACCCAGAGCUUCUCUCAGCCAAAGGAAAAGCAGAGCUGCUCCAGUACACACGAGACGAUGCAAGUCUUCCUUCAACGACCAUUACUGACUAUGAAGCAUAUUACCAGAUGUGCAAUCGGACUUUCGUCGACAACGUCAUUAUCCUGGCAGUGGAGAAUUGUCUAAUCCGACAACUUCCCUUUUUGAUGACGGCAGAGAUGGUCAGCACGAUGAAUGACGAUGAGCUGCGGCUUCUUGCGUCCGAAGCUCCGGGUGUCCGGUUGGAGCGCGAAGAGACCCGAGCGCAGCUUCAGGCACUCGAGCAAGCAGCAAAAGUCUUACGGCCAUUUCGGCCUCGCAAGCAACGCAGUAUGUAUCUGUUUCUUUUCCCCGUCUCUCUAUCUGAUCAACAACCCUUGGCUCUCCAACCAAAUAUAAUUCUAAUUACGCUUUGA